GGGUGGAGUUUGAAAACUCAGUGAGGCACAGUCUGCACAGAGAGAGACAGAGGUAGCAGGCAGUCACUCUGUCUCUGUCUGUGCCAGGUCGGACUGACUCCUCACUCAUACAUCAACACUCUCUAUUCUUCAUCAUAGACUGCAACCACCAGUAACAAGGAAAAGGACAAGGGGCAGAAUUGGAAUUAAGGAAAGAAAAAGAAGGCUCCCAGGAUUGUGUGCAUGUGUUUUAGAAACAGCAUUUGUCAGUUGCAUCCCUUUGUGUGGUUUGGGGGCUGUGUUUUCUAAGUGAGGCAUUAAUGAACCCGUUUGCAUCGGCAACUACAGAAGAGACAUUGAAACUUGCGUCUCUUCACCGAAAAUUGUAAAUCACGAGCUUUUUUUUUAAUUCAGAAGGGGAAAGAGAGAGAAUAAAAGCAAGAAUCAUUUGGGAUUCCUUUCCUCCUGCAAUUGACUUGGGGAAACUUUUGCUUGGAUUACGUUUUUUUUCUCUUUCUCUGUUGAUCGCAGUUUCUUGUGAAAACUCGAUUUUGUGUUUGUGUGUGUGUGUGCCAUUCUCCUGUGCGAACACACAUUGCUCGUUUCGGGGCACCGUCCUUGUGAAGAUGAUGUGGAUUUCGCUGUGCCUGGCUUUCCUGGGACUCUUUCCCUCUACCGUUCUGGGAGACCAGAGACUCAAGACCUGUUCGGACAUGAGAAUGCUAUACAGUUCUAAAGGGUUCUCGGUGGCUGGGGCGCCUUCAGCUGAGAUCUCAGGAGAGCACCUGCGGAUCUGCCCACAGGGUUACACCUGCUGCACGAGCGAAAUGGAGGACAACUUGGCCAAAAGGAGUCUCAGUGAAUUCGAGGCAAUGGUGAGGAAUGCCAGCAAUGCAGUGCAGAUGAUGCUCACGACGCAACACAACAGCUUCGACAGCUAUUUCCAGGAACUGCUGGACCAAUCCGAAAAGAACCUGCACAGGAAGCUGACGCACAUGUAUGGACUCCUUUGCGCUGAGAAUAGCAAAAUCUUUAAGGACCUGUUCAGCGAGCUCCGCCAUUAUUACAAAGGCGCCAACAUCAACCUGGAGGAGGUACUGAAUGAGUUCUGGUCGAGGCUGAUGGAGUGCCAAUUCAAGCAUCAGAACCCACAUUACCAGAUCAGCGAUGAGUACCUGGAGUGCAUGGUUAAGCACGCAGAGCCUCUGAGACCCUUUGGCGAGGUGCCUCGCUUCUUCAAGAUGAGGCUAACUCGGGUGUUCAUCGCUGCUCGGUCCUUCGUGCGGAGUCUCAGUCUUGGCACUGAUGUGGUGAAGAAAGUUUCUCAGGUGCCUCCAAGCCCAGAGUGUGCUCGAGCCAUGAUGAGAUUGAUGUAUUGUCCUCACUGUCGGAGCAUGGCAAGUGUGAAACCUUGCAACAACUAUUGCCUCAACAUCUUGAAGGGCUGCCUGGCCAAUCAUGCUGACCUAGACAGCGAAUGGAGGAACCUAGUCGACUCUAUGGUUCAGGUGGCUGACAGAUUUAAUGGACCAUCAAACAUGGAGUCGCUGGUCGAUACAAUUUACAUGAAGAUCGCUGAGGCAAUACAGACCAUGCGAGAUAACAGAGCUCAUAUCUCAUCGAAGGUUCUUCAGGGGUGUGGUCAUCUCAAAUCAGUAAGCAAGCGGUCAACCGAGGAUGAUCCAAGGAGACGUGGGAAGCCGUACCCAGUGGAGGAGAGGCCAGUCAGUCUUGCCACUCCGCCCAUGGACAGAUUGGUUACUGAAGUCAAGAUGAAGCUCCGCGAUGUUCGACAACUGUGGGUCACGCUCCCCAGUGCACUGUGCAGUGAGAAGGUGACGGCAGGGUUGGCCAAUGAGGACAGGUGUUGGAAUGGGCAGAACAGAGGGAGGUAUCUCCCAGAGGUCAUGGCGGAUGGAUUAGCCAAUCAGAUUAACAAUCCAGAGGUUGAGGUUGACAUCACCAAACCGGAUAUGACCAUUCGCCAGCAGAUCAUGCAGCUACGGAUAAUGACAAAUCGACUGCGGAAUGCCUACAAUGGCAAUGAUGUGGAUUUCCAGGACACGAGUGAUGACAGCAGCGGGUCUGGGAGUGGUGAUGCUUGCUUGGAAGAUGGAUGCAGCAGGAGACGGUUCUUCAAUGCUGCGACCCGGUCACCUGUUGUCUACGCCAUCCCAGAACAGAGCGGGAAAUCCAACCCGGGAAACGGAGGCAAUGUCCUGCAAUGCUCAGCUGCCUCCUUCCACCUGCUGGCCUUGGCCCUUGCCCUGCCAUUUUUCUGUCGGUAGAAUUCUUCAUGGGGCAUGAGAGAGAGAGAGAGACUGAGGCAAAACCUUUGCCAACAAAAAAAAAGGACAAGCGUUUUGUUUAACUUUACAUCAAAAAUAAAAGAAUCUUAUUUG